AUGGAAGAGAAGAAGAAUGCAGACGAUAGAAUCAUCAACGACAAUACUGCAUCGUUACUACCUCCUGCUCUUCCCCCAGUACUAGGCCUUGGGCGAGGUGCUCCUCUUUUGAAACCCACUACUCCACGACGCCGUGUCAAUGGCAACGUGUCCCAGCAAGCAGAGGACCCUCCCACUACCACCGAUGAGACCAGUGAGAAGCUACAAUUGAUUAGGGUCAAGUUUCUGAGGCUUUCACACAGAUUAGGGCAAACUCCAAGUCGUAACGUUGUUGUUGCUCAGUUUUUGCAUAGGCUUGGAUUGGCUGAGCUGUCUAGGGGAAGCAGCAGCAGCCGUGUUGGUAGUACUACUAAUCGUGCCAUUUCCAUGGCGGAACAGCUUGAGGCAGCUGGUGGGCUUGAUUUUUCUUGUACGAUUAUGUUGCUCGGUAAAAGCGGUGUUGGCAAGAGUGCUACCAUUAAUUCUAUUUUCGAUGAUGAUCAUCAAGUGAAGACCGAUGCAUUCGAGAUGGGGACGAAGAGGGUUCAGCUCGUUGAGGGAUUUGUUCAGGGAAUCAAAGUCCGGGUGAUCGACACUCCAGGCCUCUCACCAUCAUGCUUUGAUAAUUACAAGAACGUGAAAACCCUCAAGUCUAUUAGGGCUUUCAUCAAAAAAAGUCCACCGGAUGUUGUUUUAUAUCUCGAUAGGUUGGAUACUACGCAAAGCAUAGAUGAUGACAUGUUUCUUUUGCGCACCAUCACCCGUGUUCUUGGACCGUCGAUAUGGUCUAACGCCAUCGUGGGUUUGACUCACGCCGCUUCCGCUCCACCAGAUGGCGCUGCCUCUAGCUACGACAUGUUUGUAACACGACGUUGUCAUGCCAUUCAGCUGGACAUUGGCCUAGCAGCUGGAGACGCGCGGCUCGUGAACCCUCAUGUGUCUUUAGUUGAGAACCACCCUGCUUGCAGGACGAACCGGGCGGGUCAGAAAGUGUUACCGAAUGGCCAAGCGUGGAAGCCUCAUUUGCUGUUACUCUCGUUUGCAUCCAAGAUUCUAGCACAAGAAUAUGCUCUUCUCAAAUUACUAGAUAAUAAUAAUAAUAAUAAUAAUAAUAGUCUAGCAGGAAGACCAUUAUCUGUAGCAGCUCGAUCCAAGGCUCCACUACUGCCAGUUUUUCUCUCAUAUCUUCUGGAAUCAGAUCAGCGUCCUCCUCGAUUAAGUACGCAAUUGACUAAAGCUGAGAUUUCUAGGCUAAUCGUUGGGCCAGUCCUGGUACCUCCGGGGUGGGAUCAUGAUAUUAAUAUUGGCUAUGAUGGUUUACACGCUUCGGGAAUUUUGGUUGAUAAAGAAAAGAUACAUAUGUCUUACUCGGGCCUAGUGGCAGAGACUAAGAGACGCAGGAAACUUACAACCGUGCAGCUGGAAAUGGCCAGCUUGGUUGUACAUGGAGAGGAGGGUAAUAAAUCAACCUCCCUAGGUUUCGAGAUGCAAAAAAGUACUUGGCGUGAAUUGUUUUGCACUCUUCAAAGUGAUACCAAUUUUUGGAAACAAAAAGCUGCGGCUGGUCUCGAUGUAACGCUCUUGGGUGAUUCGGUGUCUGCGGGGGUGAAAUCAGAACGUAAGUUGAUUGAUAAUAAAAGGUUCGGAAUGAAUGUGUAUGGUGGUGGGGCAAUGACUAGUCGAGGUGAUGCUGCUUAUUGGGGUAGUUUAGAAGCUCAGUUGCUUGGUAGUUUUUUAUCUACUCUGGGACUUUCUGUGGUGGAUGGGCAUGGGGGUCUUGCUAUCGGAGGGAAUAUACAGACCCAAGUGCCCAUAGGACGUUCAUCUCAUCUAACUGCUCGUGCUAAUAUGAACAGCAGAGGGGCAGUGCAAGUAAGCAUCCGGGCAAACAUCUUUGAACAGCUCGAACAUGCUAUGGCCGCACUUGUUCCUCUGUUUAAGAAGCUACUUAGGUAUUAUUCCCCUUAGCACCUAGUUGUUUUUUCUUCAUGUCUUAUCUCUGGAUUUUGCAUAAAGCCUUGAUAAAACUUAUGUUUAAUUUUUGCUAAAAUUUGAAUGAUAGAAGUUAAUGUUGCAGUUUAGUUAUAAACAAAAGCUUGUUAA